AUGAAAUUAGCUGAUCGUAAGAAAUUUUCUGUUCAUUUGGAUAUGUCUGCCUUAAAAUAAAUAAUCCAAACUGCUCAUCCUCUUUCUACUAAACGUAAAAUUGAAACAACUCCAACAAGUCCCAAUACUUCAGGAUUAAUAUCUGAUCAAAAAUUCAAGCCUGUUUAACCUCUGCAUACAAAUAUUAAUCUAAAUAACAACAAUAAUACUAUACAAAAUAUUAUACUUAACUUUAAGAAUAAAACUAAAAAAGAAAAAGAAAAUACACCAAUAUCAACUAUGUCGAAAUUUCCACUUUUAGUUGAUUAAUUUAUUAGAUUGUUUAAUCUAACCAAAAGUGAAAUUCUUGAAGUUUAAUAAUUGAAGCAAGUUUAUUAUUAUAAAUAAUCUAAAAUUUAAUAAGAUGGUUAAAAUGGAGAAUAUUUGUGUUAUGCUAAAGAUCAUAUUAAAUAUUAAUAUGAAAUUAUUAAUCUUAUUGGAUAGGGUAGUUUUGGUCAAGUAUUCUAAGUCUUAGAUCAUAAAACACAAAAAACUUUUGCUCUCAAAAUUAUUAGAAAUUAAGAAAAGUUAAAAAAGUAAGCUUUAGUAGAAGCGAAUCUUCUUAUGAUGAUUAAAGAAAGAGAUCCAUUAAACAAAUCUAAUAUAGUGAGAAUAGAAGAAUAAUUUAAUUUUAGAGGUCAUUAGUGCAUUAUAUUUGAAAAACUAGAAUUAAAUUUAUUUGAAGUUUUAAAACAGCAAAAAUUUAGAGGUUUAGAUUAUGAAACUUUAAGAAAAUUUUCAUACUAAAUUUUAGUUGCAUUAAAUUAUUUACACAAACUCAAUAUUAUUCAUUGUGAUCUCAAGCCUGAAAAUGUUAUGAUACAAGAUAUGAAAUCAAAGAUUAUAAAAUUAGUUGAUUUUGGUUCUGGGUGCAUAGAUGGAAACUAAAUUUAUACUUAUAUUUAGAGCAGGUAUUAAUUUCUUUUACUUAAAUUUUAGAUAUUAUAGAGCUCCAGAAGUGAUUUUUGGAUUGAAAUAUGGAAUGGAGAUUGAUAUGUGGAGUUUUGCAUGUUUAAUAUCUGAAAUUCACACUGGACAACCAAUUUUUCCAGGAGAUAAUGAAGUUGAGCAAUUUAAUUUGAUUAUGGAGGUAAUUGGAGCUCCAUCUAUUGAAUUUGCAUAAAAAUGCCCUAGAAAAAAGCACUUUUUUGAUGAAAACGGUUAACCAAAAAAAACUAUCAAAAAUUAUAGAAAACCCUAAUCGGUCUCAUUAUAAGAAAUUCUUAAAACAACAGAUGAUGAUUUUGUAGAUUUUCUUUAAAGAUGUUUUACUUGGGAUGCUGAAUCAAGAAUAAAACCUCAAGAUGCUUUAAAUCAUCCUUGGAUUAUGUCUCUAAAUCCAAAAGAAAAUAGUUCUAAAUUGACUAACAAAUUCUAUAAAGAUACAGAUUCAAAUAAUGCUUUUAAAAAAUCCAAAACAUAAUCCAAUACUAUAUUAAAGGAAUUUGAAAAAAAGCUUAGUAAGGAUAAUAUUUUUUUAAAAUUACAAUAAACUCGAACUUUAAUUGCUAAUAACACCUUUGAAAAUAGACCAGGUAUUUAAAAAUGAUUAAUUAAUUAUAGUGUUGAGUAGCAGAUAUGUAAAUGAUAAGCCAACUUCAUCAGAUAGAAUUAGAUCGAAUAUUGCUCAUUCAAUACACUAAAUACUAUCAUGCAGAUAGCACAAUGCAAGUAACACAUAGUUUAUAAGAAAACCAUCUUUAGGGUGA